GCUCUACUCAACGGUGACCCACCACGCACGUGACUGUCCCUGCAGCCAGCAGCGUCCCAGCUCCAGCUCGCGCCCCUGUCCGUUGAAACCCACCUAAAGCGUUUUGGGUGAGCUGGAAGUUCCAAGCAGCCCCAUACCUUGCUGGACGUUCCUCUCCCUAUACCUGACCUUCUCUGCCUUCCAGACUUCCUUCCACCUUCGGUCUGGAUCUGGACAGAUUCACUGGCACAGCAAUUACCACGACAACUCUGAUUUGAAUUUUGGGUGUUGAUGAGAGCUACGGUGCCCUGAACCCCGAUCAAGAUGCGCCAAAGCUACAGCCUGGUGCUUGCUGGCACCUUCCUGUCUGCCGCCGCACCUGUCUCGGCCACUAGUUUGCCGAGAGGUGUUGGCCCCGAAUUCAUCAAGUUCUUCGAGGCCAAAGAAACCUUCUCCUGUAUCGGCCACCCCGAGAUCAAACUCAGCAUUAAGCAGGUCAACGACAACACGUGUGACUGUCCAGAUGGCUCCGAUGAGCCUGGCACUGCAGCUUGCGCCUACCUCGACGCCCUAUCCCCUCCUCAGCCCUUCACCGGCUCCCUGACGGGCACCACCAACACCACGAAUGCCCUACCCGGCUUUUGGUGUGCCAACGCCGGCCACAUUGGCACAUAUGUUCCCUUCAUGUUCGUCAACGAUGGCCAUUGUGACUACGAUGUCUGUUGCGACGGAACCGAGGAGUACAGCGGUGUCGGCGGGGUCAAGUGUGAGAACAAGUGCGCCGAGAUUGGCAAGGAGUACCGUCGCGUUGAGGCCGCGCGUAAGGAUGCCAUCGAUAAAGCUGCUAAGAGACGCAAGACGAUGGCCAAAGAGUCUAGAGAGCUCCGCCGUCGUGUUGAGGCCAAGGUCAAUACCCUCAAGGAUGAGGUCAAGGGUCUCGAGAUCCGCAAGGAUGAGCUUGAGCGGAAGUUGCAUGAGAUUGAGCGUUCUGAGAAGGGCAAGGUCGUCAAGGGCGAGGGCUCUGGUGGAAAGCUCGGCACCCUGCUGAACCUGGCCAAGACCCGUGUCACCGAGCUCCGUGAGACACUCGAGGACGUCGUUGCCCACCGCAACGAGCUCCAGAACAAAGUCAAGGAGCUUGAGGGCAUUCUCAGCCGCUUCAAGGAGGAGUACAAUCCAAACUUCAAUGACGAGGGCGUCAAGCGCGCCGUGAAGAGUUGGGAGGACUACGCCGCCAACCUUGCUAACGAGGCCCUCCCCGAUGGCCUGGAGGCUGACAUCAAGGAGGUCCUUGUCGAGGAUUCUGAGACCUCGGGCAUUAACUGGAAAGAGUUCGAGGAGGAUGACGUCUCCGACACCGAUAUUAUCUACAACUUUGAGGCCUACCUCCCCGACGCUGUCCGCGAGUUUAUCCAUGGAAAGCUCCUCUCCCUCCGCGUCUGGAUGAUCGAGAAUGGUCUGAUGGCUGAUAACAACAAACCCAACACCGAAUCUCGUCUGGUCAAGGCUGCUCGCGAAGCCUUCAACUCCGCCAAUGGCGAUCUUCUGGACAAGAAACGUCAGCUAGACAGUGAGCAGAAGGACCUCGAGAAGGAUUACGGCACCGAUGACAUUUUCCGCGUUCUCAAGGAUAAGUGUGUCAGCACCGAGGUCGGCGAGUACGAAUACGAGCUCUGCUGGAUGGAUAAGACCAACCAAAAGUCCAAGAAGGGCGGCGGCCAUACCAACAUGGGCAACUUUGUCCGCAUCGAUAAGGAGAUGGCCGACGACGAGGAGCGCGUUGACGGCAAGAGCCUCGGCAAGGGCCUUCGUAUGGUCCUCCGCUACGAGAACGGCCAGGGCUGCUGGAAUGGCCCGCAGAGACGUACUGACGUCUGGCUCGCCUGCAGCGAGACAGAAGAGCUCUGGAAGGUCUCGGAAUCGGAAAAGUGCGUUUACAAGAUGGAGGUAGGCACGCCCGCCGCUUGCGAUGAGUUGCUCGAGCCUCCUGAGCCCAAGGACAAGGAUGAGCUGUAAAGGAACGGAACGAGGACACGCAUGGGAUGUGUACAAAGAUUUAGCAUUUGGGUCUGCUUAGCUUGGCGUAAGGGUCGUCUGACUUGGACCGAGUACAACUAGUUAGAAGGGCUGCAUUAGAAAUCGCGAA